UCCCCUUUGCCAGCGCCGUGGACGGCGGUGGGAUCAUGGCCCGUGGACGAAGAACUGCUGGGAUGAAAGGCUUGGGGAGGGUGGCUGUGCUCCUGUCGACGGCGAUCUAUGCAGCAGCACAAGAGACGUGCACCAGCGUUACGGUAACCGGCGGUGACCUCCCCGGCGUUUACGAGCUAGGGGAGAGCUCGUCAGAAGUAUACGUUGGGACGGACGAUUCAACCCACGUCCUGCAGCCGGUUGUAUUCGCGGAGAGCAGGGCACGAAGGAACCUGGUCGGCGGUACGGGCGAUGGGGGCGGCGGCGGCGGUGGCGGCGGCAGGAGGAGAGGCCUCGCGAACGAUUGCGCGACUCAGAUGUGGAUCCUGGCGGACACCGGGGCGGUCGAGGAGGAAGGAUUCCCUUACUAUUCGACCUUCGACUGCGCGACGCAUCCCGCAAGCGUAGAGAGCACGUGGCUGUACGUUGACUGCGACGAUUGUGCCGAGGUAGCGACGAUUUCCGUCGUGUGCACGUCUCCGGAAGUCCUGACCAGCGACGACGGCGGCGACGGUGACCUGACCAUUCCCGCCAUCAUCGCCAUCGCCGUGGGAGGACUGAUCGUCGUGUUGUGCGUCGGUUUCUGUGUGUUCCACUGCAAGAAACGGGCCCACAAGGGAAGCCACACCUUUGCGGACGACUCGCAGCACAGCCUGGCCCAGCAGAAGAGGGCCGGGAAGGCGGGGGCCGGCGGCGCCGCGGUUGCGGACGGUGGAGGCGGCGCUACUGCCGCUGCUGGUGGCAGCGGGGCCGUGCCCCUCCCCGCGUACACCGGGGCGAUCGGCGAGACUGUCGAGAGCCCGAUGGCGGCGGGGGGCACCAUGGGAGAUAGCGGCGAUCGUGGCGUGGGCGGCGACGGGCCCCGCAACGUGCGGGGCGGGAUUGGCGUUAGCGGCGGCAGCAGCGCCGGUCUGCUCGCGAAGGGCUCGAACGCCAAGAGCUUCAAGCCGAACCACGGCGGCGUGAACACUCCGGCGUACGAGGGCAUAUUCGCACCCCGCGGCGGCGCCGGAGGUGCCGCCGGCAGCAGUCAGAGCACCGCCACCACCUCGGCGGCGUUGCCGCACCCCGCGGCGGUGGAGAUGUCGAACUACGCGAAGCCCGUCUUGCGCAAGGAUUCCAUGGCGGCGGCGGCGGCGGCGGCGGCGGCGGCCGGCGGGACGUCGUCAUCGGGCGGCCGGCGCUCGCCGGACCCCAACCCGCCGCCGGCGUUCGCGAGCGUACUGAGCAGCGGGGUGGUCGAUGGAGGGAACCGUCCGCCGCAGGAGCAACGGCAGCAGCAGCAGCCGCGACAGGCCGGCGGCGGCGGCGGCGGCGGGGGUAUCGUCUGGUCGGCCGGGCAGAACAUGGGGCAUCGGAGGAGCUUCGACCAGUCCUCCGAAAUCGGCGACGACAGCGCUGCCGGGUCCGUGUACGAGCUCCAACCGCCCGCGGAGGACUUGGAGCACUCGUACCACCAGGACGGGUACGACGACAGCGUGGCGGCGUCCUCGCCCGGCGCGUACAGCAUGUAUAGCCACUACACCGCGGGCGGGGGCACGUACACGGGCGGUGUCGGCGCGAACUCGGAGGCGUGGUCUGACGAGGACGGGGCUUCUUCUUACCGGCCGCCGGGAAGGACGCGUGGUGGAGGUGGAGGUGGCGGGGGCGGCGGCGGCGGCGGAGGCAGAGGCGGGGGUGACGAGGUACCUUCUCCGGCGGGGAUGAUGGCCCGCGCGGACCGGAACAUGUAGGGGGGGGCGGUAUGUCUGCCAAAGGAACAGCCCCCCCCCCCGCACGCCACGAUGAUGGAGGGGCGGACGCUCGAGAUUUGUGGUUACUCUGGCGUAUUCCGGGUGUAUGCAAGAGAGGAGGUCUCGCUGGGAGGGGGGGGGGCGAGGGGAGAGCGUCGGGGGGGUGUUGUGGUCGAAUCGUUCUCCCAUGUAGUUCCGAUCGUGCCUCUCGAAUCGGUCUGCGCGUGUGUGCCAUGGCCCGGGUGUAGACGAGAGCUCACAGAAGGGAAGGAGAGGAGCAAGGAGCCGGGAGGAAACGGCAGUUAUUUUGGUUGGUUGUUUUCGAGGUUUUAGGUGAGGUAGUAUCCCGAUUGUCGGUUCGAUUCGCCGUCGUCGUUCGUGGGUUUGAGUACCCCAACGACCGCGAAAGGCAGGAAAACCUUUAGACCUAAGCACCCCUCGGGCUCAAGUCCGGGCGGGUACUACGCGCGUAGGUUCUUCAUGGGUGGGAGAAUUGUGGGUGGGAGGGGGGGAGGCAUGGAGGACGACCCCCUUGGACGAGAACGGCAGCAGUAGGAGAGCCGUAUGGCACGCUGCCAUUCAGCAGUUGCAUGGAUGAGGGGGGCAUUAAGAUGCCGUGGACUGCUCCUCCUAUCGAUAAAGGGCUUACCGAGGUCCGGGGGUCCGCGGCCGCGCUUGUCUGUUUCGGCAUGUAGUCUAGACUGUUUUUUCUCGUACACGGUACAUGUAUCUGCAUUUCUUUCCUUGUCUGCUUUCGCACUGUAUCGCUCUGGAUCCAGUCAUGGUGAAUUUCAGCAGUUGGUGCCGUCCUCCUCUCAUCGCGUGGGUGUGUGUAUCUGUGUGUGUUUUUUUCUGUCACUCUUUCGUGGUUGGUUUGUUUUCGCCCCCCCCCCAACCCCUCCCCCUCCCACGCGAGACGGGAAUAUUACGUUAGUUUAGAGGGGGGGGGNGGGGGGGGGGGGGGGGGGGGGGCGUAGAAGGUCCGUGGCAGAUGUGCUCUUGGUGUGUUUUUGUUCAGCUGUGCCUUUAUCCACAGCAGUCUUGUGCUUUCAGUACGAGCGAGGUGUUGAAAGUCGAGGGAGAGGGAGGGAGGGAGAAACACGGAAUCGCAGGUCAUGUUUUUCGACGCUUGGGGUGAGUUCAGACCGCGUAAAAGGAAGGGGAAAAGGAACAUCCAGCGAACUAUUGACGGGGGGCGUCGACAUAUUCCGCAAGACAGGUUCAAGCCAGUGUAAUAUUGAUCUCGUGAGAGGGAGAUACCGGGGGUAGCGAGAGAGAGAGGAGACCUACACACAGAGAUAUGAGCGUUCGCGCGGCACGUUGGUUGAGCGACCAAAGGCCUCUGCGGACGGACUUGUUUGUUGUGAGAGAGUCUUCGGCAUUUUUGUCGUCUUUUUUUUUUGGCGCGCGGGGGAGGGGGCUGUUUUUCACAUGCAUGCAUAGGGUGUGUGUGGAAGCAGCAGCGUGAGAAGCAAGAGGAUGUUGUGAAAAUUUUCACCCGAAGAUUCGACCGGUGUUUGACCUCCUUGUCUUUGCUUCUUUCCCUCCGGUUUGUUUUGCUGAAGACCCCCAAACGCGACAGCGAGCUGGUUGCUCGGCCGAUGUGCCGUAUCAUAGCGGUGCGGAGGGGGGGUGCGCGAAUGGAAGGGUCUCGUUUUGCUUGGGGGCGGGGAGGGUGGGCUCGUCGUGAAAUUUCGCACCAGAUAAAAAAGUCCGGGUUGUGAUAGUCGUUGUUUGUCGUUAUUGCUGCCUGAUGUGGUGGUCGGUGUCCUUGUUAGCUUGAUCCUCACACACGAAAAAAUAGCAGCUCAGGCCUAUGCGGUGCCGUGAAGGUAAAGAAACCAGUCUCUGUGGCCACACGGUAAUUAAAGAGUUUACAUAUGUAGCAGAUGGACAAGUUGUAGGGUGUGGACCUUCCUGUAUUUUCGGGUCUGCUUUAUUGUUUUACCUUAUUCGAUUUGUGUGCUUCAUUGUACUCGUUUUGUUUUUUUUUUUCAGGGAGGGAUGGGGUCGUUUCUCCUUUGUUGGUGUUGGGAGAGGGGGGGGAGGGUCCGUGGUCACAGAUCUUUCUAGCGUACCUCUCUGUUGUGUCACUUAGGCUGCUCCAAAGGCGCGGCAUGGCAGGGCAGGGCGGAGAGCGUGCAUGUCUUGCAUUUUCAUUUCCACCAAACACUGCCGCCGCAAGGAUUUUCUUGUACAUGUGUGAAUUUCACAGAACCAACCGCCGGGUGCUGCCGUGUACGGUGGCUGCGCUGGUAGCUACUUUAUUUGUGCGUGCCUUCGCGCUGGUGGGGCCAGCAGACGGCCACCUUGUGUGUUGUAAUUUUGUUGUUUCUGAAUAAGCUUUUGUCCCGCCUGGCUUUGGUCUUGCAGUAUUUUCAGUUUAUUUUCACAAAGAAAUAGCAUUCAGUUUUUCCCGGAAAACCGUACCACACCAACUACUACUAAAUAUCUAAAUUCCCGAGUCUUGUGUUCUUGUUGGUUUCCAAAAAGGUUGUUUUGUUGUUAUUGGGCCUAAAAUAAGGCCAUGUAAUAGUAGAUCAGGGUUGUUGUCAUUCAUACGUGCCAUGCACACUUUUUCACCCAGUUGAG